CAAGUUAGGCUCAGUCUGGAUCCCCUAAUGUGGACCAUGCAGAACCAGCCCAGCCCAUAAAUAACACUGAGAGGAAAAGAACACUGAACCUGAAGAAAACAAGACAAGGCACUGUGAUAUGAAGAGUCAUUUUGCAGCAAGGGACUUCUCCAUAAAGGCCAUGCCUGUGUUGCUGUUGUUGGCUUUAGUGUGCUCGCCCAUGGCUCAUUCUUCACAGUCGACGGCAGAGAACAUGUGUGGACCAGAAGUUGCAGCUCUCAAACGCAGCAUAAAAAAGCUGGAGAACAAAAUCUUGAUCGGGACUUGGCAGAUUGAGCACUUGCAGAGGCACAAAUACUUCAGGCCUUUACAACCUGCUGUGUCUGAUACUAAACCUGACACUGAGACCAACCAUGGUGGAAACCACAGCAGCAGCAGCAAUGAGACAUCAGACAGCUCUGAUAUGACCCUGAUGAAACUACUUCCACCAGCAGGCAACUUAGUUGUCCAUGACAAAGACUGUUCCGAACUGUACGACAGGCUGAGACCACCUAGUGGUUUCUACCGCAUCAGACCCAAAUCACACCAGGAUCCUUUUUUGGUUUACUGCGACAUGGAUGAUGGAGGGGGAUGGACGGUGUUUCAGAGGCGUCGGCAUGGAAAAGUCGACUUCAACAGGGAUUGGGUGGACUACAGAGAUGGAUUUGGUGACUUCAAGCUGUGGAAUGAUGAGUUUUGGUUGGGGAAUGAGCACAUUUAUCCUCUACUCUCAGAAGGCAAGAACUUGGUGAAGAUUGAUCUGAUGGACUGGGAUGGAAAGAGAAAUUAUGCAUUUUAUGAGAACUUCAGGAUCACCAACGAGGCCGAUAAGUAUCGUCUCCAGUAUGAAAUGUAUAGUGGGCAGGCUGGAGAUGCUCUGACUGGUGGUGGGGGGAUGGUGGAGCACUGGUCUACUUCCCUCAGCGGCAUGCAGUUCAGCACCAGAGAUCAGGACAAUGACCGCUACCUUCAGGGCAGCUGUGCUCAGGAGAACAAAGCAGGGUGGUGGUUCAACAGGUGUCAUGCAGCCAACCUAAAUGGGAACUUCUAUCGCAAAGGGACGUAUAAGGGCCAGUACGACAAUGGUGUGGUGUGGGGGACCUGGAGAGGCCUCUGGUAUUCACUCAGGCACACCACCAUGAAGGUGCGGCCUUUGGUUUUCUUGGACGCUGGAGGCAGUGGAGCUGGGGACAUUUAAAAACAUGUCUAAU